AAUUUUUAGGAAUAACGUUAUUUACCCUCUAGCUCGCAACACCUCCCGAAUAGCCUUUUCAUUAUUAAUAUGUCUGCAGACGCCGAACAAAGAACCUACGCAAAAUCGGUUACGACUUUUCAAGCCUUCCCCUUUACAUAUCAUUCACGAAACUGCUUAUGUACUGAAUUUUUUAAAAAAUUGAAUUACCUUAAUAGUCUACAUCUCACGAACAUGUUUCCUAUCUAUACCAUCAGGUGCAAUUAAAUAAGCAUCGAAAUUACGAAAUUAUAAAAGCCAUCAAUAUAUGAUGAAUUAUUGUUUGAAAUAGAGUUAAUUGAGGAAGUGUAUGGACAAUUAAUGAAGAAUUUGGUUAAUGAUUGUUGAUUAUUAAGGAAAAAUCUGUAAUGUAAUUGUUAGUGCCAUGAUUUCUAUAUUUAGCAACAAACAUAAGAUACAUAUUGCGAAUAUUAGUUUAAAUAUCAUUUCAUUAUGACUUUUCU